AUGGAUUCAUGGUCUGAUCUCCAGAUCAAGAAAAUGGAAGCCGGUGGUAACCGCAAUCUCAAUUCGUUUCUCUCUCAAUACGGAAUUCCCAAGGAAACAGAUAUUAUAACUAAGUAUAAUUCUAACGCGGCUUCGAUCUACCGCGAUCGGAUUCAGGCUCUCGCUGAAGGUCGCUCGUGGCGGGAUCCGCCGGUUGUUAAGGAGAAUGCUAAUACUAAUUCUCGAUCUGGUAAUGGUAAUGGUAAGGGGAAGCCGCCUCUUGCUGCUGGUUCUAAUGGAGGUUGGGAUGAUAAUUGGGGUAAUGAUAAUGAUGAUGGUUAUGGAUCUCGCGGCGGUGGUGGUGAUUUUCGGAGGAAUCAGUCUACUGGUGAUGUUAUGGGGUUUGGUGGAGGAGGGAUUGCACCGUCGCCCAGGUCGAAGUCGACGGAGGAUAUUUAUACAAGGACACAAUUGGAGGCUUCUGCUGCUAACAAGGAAGGGUUUUUCGCGAAGAAGAUGGCGAUGAAUGGAGCGAGACCGGAGGGGCUUCCUCCCUCGCAGGGUGGGAAGUAUGUUGGAUUUGGAUCUAGUCCAAAUCCUUCUCAGAAGAUGUCUAAUCAAAGUGAUUAUUUAUCUGUUGUUUCUGAGGGAAUUGGUAAAUUAUCGAUGGUUGCUCAGUCUGCAACCAAGGAGAUCACUGCCAAGGUACAAGAAGAAGCGCAAAAUGGACAAGUAGAAUUGGAAAAACAUGUCAUCACAAAGACAUUGACUAAGCCAUCUGAGGCAUAUUAUGAUGCCAAAAACCUGCCACAUGUUCUUCACCUCCUCCGACUAUUCUCCGAGCUGGUUGAAUCUGGAAAAAAUAAUGUUGAAGUUGGUAACACUUCAGGGUUGUUGAAGACUACUGUUGGUGAAGAGACUCCUUCUGGGAUAAAGGAGACUAUGGAUGAGGUAAUGAAGACAUAUGCGUUAAUUCAAGUUCGUUUGGACAAGCAAGAUGCUAAAGUUGAUCGACAUGAUGCUUCUAUCACUUCGCUUUCCAACAUGAUGAAGAAUUUCAUGGCCGUGAUUUUGCCUCCUCCUACCCAGAACCCUUAG